UCAGGCCACUUUCUUUUGACAAAUCUUUUAUUGGAAAAGAUGAAACAUACAUCUCGUGAGAGCCAGAAAGAAGGGAGAAUAGUCAUUGUUUCUUCAGAGGCACAUCGAUAUCCAUACAAGGAAGGAAUUCGGUUUGAUAAAAUUAAUGACAAGGAAAGUUACAGUCCUUGGUAUGCUUAUGGACAAUCAAAGCUUGCAAAUGUAUUGCAUGCUAAUGAACUUGACAGGCACCUUAAGGAAGAAAGGGUGGAGAUUACUGCUAAUUCACUUCAUCCAGGAGCAAUCACCACAAACCUUUUUCGCCAUCUCAGUUUCAUCCAUGGUGCUGUCAAAUUCAUAGGCAAAUACGUGCUCAAAAAUAUUCCACAGGGAGCGGCGACUACGUGCUAUGUGGCAUUACACCCGCAAGUUAAGGGAGUAAGCGGUGAGUACUUCUCAGACAGUAACAUAGCCAAACAGAGCUCUCACGCUAAGGACUCUGGUUUGGCCAAGAAGCUAUGGGUGUUCAGUUUGAAUUUGAUAAGCUCCUAAUAAUGAUGUGUUGAGCUCUUGAGUUGAACAAAAUGAACUCAAUGAUGGUACAGUAUAUGGAAUUGCAGAGUUUAAAAGGUGGUCUGGAGCUCGGUUAAGCCCUCUUCCUCCGCCCAUGAUAAUGUCAUGUAUACAAAAGCUUAGUUUUCCCUAAAAUAAAUACGAACUUGAACUUCGACAUGUCAUGAUAAUGGUAGUGUUUUAUUACGUAGUAUUAUUUUUUGUUAGUCUCCUGUCAAUUAAUAUCUUGUUUAAUAAACUCAACUUGCUCAAUUGGGGUUGCUGAGGGGUUUCUGGUUCAAAAUGAUUUAUAGAACUUGUUUUAGUUUAAGUCAUUCAAUUUUAGUAGCCGUAUGCAAGUGUUAGGCUGUGUUUGCAACAGUUUCUCAGAAGCACUUUUCUUCUUAUUUGCUAGAAAAGCCAAAACUUGUGUUUGCAAAAGGGAGCUUCUACUUAUUUUUAAUCAAAUUUACGUGAAAAGCCAGAAGCAGCAUUUGGGUUUCUUUUAUCUGAUUCUUGGUGAUCUGGUAAUAGUAGCAACUUGGGGGAAGAUUAUAUUUAUAAUCAAGUGUUUAUUCCGUAAAUGUCCAUAUCUUCUCCCUGUAUCUGUGCCGCCCUACACGUCUUCCCCAACCUUAGCUAUUCAUUCAAACAACUCAGGGUUUUAAUAGCAGAGGAAUCUUUCAAUUCUUUAAUUUAUCCACUCAAGCAUGAGCACAUUAAUCUACAAAUUAGUUCCAACAUGUAACAUAAUUUAUAUAUAUACUCCCUUUGUAUUUAUAUGUUCC